AUGGGUGAUGACCACAUCCUCUCCUUCACACAGGUCCCACAGUGCCUCUUCCCUCCACAACGACACCUCGAAAACCUUUUCACCACACUUCAGGUGAAGAUCCAGGACGGGAACGUGGGUAACUUGGAGCUGGAAAAGGAUGAUAGAGAGGUAAUACUGUUAAACUGUUCAAUAUAUAUGUUGCCCCUUGGUAAUAUUAUUAGAAAAUACGGAAUUAGCUUCCACUGUUAUGCUGAUGAUACUCAGCUAUAUAUCUCAACGAGACCAGAUGAAACUUCCCAAUUAUCUAAGCUAACAGAGUGUGUUAAAAAUGUAAAAGAUUGGAUGACACACAAUUUUCUCCAAUUAAAUUCGGAUAAGACAGAGAUACUAAUUAUUGGACCAAAAAACACUACACAGAAUCUUGUAGAUUACAAUCUGCAACUAGACGGAUGUACUGUUACUUCCUCUACAGUCAGAAAUCUGGGUGUUAUAUUAGACAGCAAUUUGUCUUUUGAAAAUCAUAUUUCCAAUGUUACAAAAACUGCAUUCUUCCAUCUUAGAAACAUUGCCAAGCUACGAAACAUGUUAUCUGUUUCUGAUGCAGAAAAGCUAGUUCAUGCAUUCAUGACCUCUAGACUGGACUAUUGUAAUGCACUUCUAGGUGGUUGUCCUGCUUCGUCAAUAAACAAGCUACAGGUCGUCCAAAAUGCAGCAGCUAGAGUCCUUACCAGGUCAAGAAAAUAUGAUCAUAUUACCCCAAUUUUACAGUCUCUGCACUGGCUACCUAUUAAGUUCCGUAUCAGUUACAAAUUAUCAUUACUUACCUAUAAGGCCCUAAAUGGUUUAGCUCCAGCGUACCUAACUAGCCUUCUACCACGUUACAACCCAUCACGCACCCUAAGGUCACAAAACGCUGGACUUUUGGUCGUUCCUAGGAUAGCAAAAUCCACUAAAGGAGGUAGAGCUUUCUCACAUUUGGCUCCCAAACUCUGGAAUAGCCUUCCUGAUAAUGUUCGGGGUUCAGACACACUCUCUCUGUUUAAAUCUAGAUUAAAAACACAUCUCUUUCGCCAAGCAUUCGAAUAAUGUAUCUUUUUAACUGUGAGUGUAGUUGCAUCUGUUCAAAGGUGCAUUUUUAUUCAUUAACUUGGGUUAAACUAAUUUUACUUUGUUGGAUCAGCAGCUAUGCUAAUGAUGUCUGUAUUUUGUUUCUAUGUUUCGCCACGGGAUUUACAUCCCGUGGUAACUAGGAUUUAAACAAGCUCCAGUCUGGAUCCAGAACACCUGAGAAGAGAUGAUGCUGACCCUCAGAGGACCCCAGAUGAUGCUACCUUGAAUCAACAAACAGAACUAACAAUUAUUGCUAAAUGUGUCACUGAAUCAUAUAAUAACUUAAUUAAUAAUAUUGAUAGUUCAUCGUCUAGCUGACUACGUCUUAUAUUAUUAUUAUUAUUAUUUUUAUUUUUUCUAAAAUCCUGUCAAAUGUGCACAAACUACUAGCUACUACUAAAUAUUGUAGAAACAUAAUUUUCUGUAAAGUUGCUUUGUAACGAUUUAUUUUGUAAAAAGCGCUAUACAAAUAAACUUGAA